AUGCCUUCGUCCUGUGACGUAUACCGUUUUCAUCAGGUAUGCGAGCGCCACGGCCGAAGACUCCUCUGCCAGUUGGUGGGCGACAGUCUGCUGGAACCGUUCUGGCCGACCGGGUCUGGUUGCGCGCGCGGGUUCCUAUCGGCGUUGGACGCCGCGUGGGCGGUGCGUGCUUGGGGACAGAACCCGCUACCGCAUCCCUUGGAGGUCAUCGCCGAGCGGGAGUCCAUAUACCGGCUGCUGGGAGGCGUACACCGUGAAGGUGAGAGUAGUUUGGACAUAUCGGCGGACCUUAACGAGCUGGGACGCAGCAAGACCCUGGUGGUGUGUAGCGGCGUCAAAUCCAUCCUUGACAUUGGGAGGACUUUGGAAUAUUUGGAGACCCAAGGCGUGUGUGUAUGCACUUUUGGGAACAACACGGAAUUCCCCGCAUUCUACACGGUGCGUUCCGGAUUCCGCGCCCCAUACAAUGUGGAGAACGCGCGGCGAGCGGCAAAAGUUCUAGGUGCUGCUAAAUCGCUGCGAUUGCAGUCAGGCAUCAUCAUAGCAGUGCCAGUGCCAGAGGAGUAUGCCAUGGACGAAUCAAUAAUAGAUAAGGCAAUUAACACCGCGCUAGAAGAUGCGAAGAAAAAGGGUAUCCAAGGCAAAGAAGUAACACCAUUCAUACUUUCUGCUGUUGCCAACGCUACCGGCGGUGAUUCUCUCAAAUCCAACAUCGCGCUCGUAAAGAACAACGCGAAAGUCGGCGCCGACAUCGCUGUUGAAUUUAAAAAGCUGGGGAAUGCCGACAAUUUGACUGCUUCGAAUAUUGGAUUCCCGGGGAUGAGUUCGCCGAAUGCGGCGAGACGGCUCCAUACCUCGUGCGCGACGAGCAACAAAAUCGAUAGCGGUUACGACUUGCCGCGGAUCGCGAAUCCGGAUGGCGACGUGCUCGUGAUUGGCGGCGCUAACGUGGACAGGACGUAUAGAGUCGCCGAAGACAAAGUUCAGGUCAGUAAAAAUAAGUAAACUCGAGUUAUAAAACUUUGAUAGUCGCUGUUAUGAACGAACAAAUGUCGGAAUAAAUUUUGUAGUAGAUUUUUUUAAACUUACCUGGAAUUUGACUCGGUCGAACGAUUACGUACCAGAAAAAGAAUCUUUCAGGUUGCCAUAUUAAGCACAGUUAUUGCAACUUUGCAUAAUAUUGAAUAUUUUUCAUGCGAGACUAUUUCGUGAUUCCUCUUUAUUCUUUUGUUAGCUUACUCAUAUUAUUUUAGUAGUUAACACUUUUUUAAUUUACCUACUACU